AUGGAACAGAUGGAUUUCAACCUUGUGAAAAUCAUAAUACAGUUGACCGUGAUAACCCGCCUCACUGUGCAGCAAGAAGAGGAUAAAAAUAACAAGUUUCACGGCUACUGGGUUAUGGUCAUUCGUAUGGUGAUAGGCACAAAAAUCUUCGGAUUAGAGGGGGAGGGAUGUAUUUCCGGCUCAGAUCAGUACCGAUUCCUAUGGCUGUUAUAUGACGACUUGUACGACACGGGUGAUCGUGAAACCCGGUUGCAGGUGUUGGACAGUAUGUAUGAGUUUGCCAGCAAUGGGGACUCCUAUUAA